AUGGCUCGUAUUCAAGAACUCGACCACCUUCAAAUUCCACUUGAAGACAUCAAGUUGGCCACCAACAACUUUUUGGAAGAUAAUUUCAUCGGUCUAGGUGGAUUCGGAAAGGUGUAUGAGGGCCAACUCCAUGUUUCCGACUCUACAACAACCAGCUCCAUCUCCGGCAGGCUAGGCACCAUCGUGGCUGUAAAACGGUUAGAUGUGCAGGGCGGGCAAGGAAAAAAUGAGUUCUUGAAUGAGAUAGUGAUGCUCGCUAGUUACAAGCACAAUAACCUGGCAUCCAUUGUUGGAUUCUGUGAUGAAGGUGGAGAGAAGAUCAUUAUUUACAAGUAUGAGGCUCGUGGAAGCCUCGAUGAUUAUCUGGCUAAUGAUCAUCUUACAUGGGUGCAACGGCUUCAAAUUUGUCUUGGUGCUACUCGUGGACUUAAUUAUCUACAGGAAGACGUGGGAGAGAGCCACAGGGUGCUCCACCAUGACAUUAAGAGCUCCAAUAUUUUGUUAAAUGAAAAUUGGGAAGCUAAAAUUUCUUAUUUCGGCUUGUCUAAAAUAGGCCCCACAAAUCAGAAUAUCACUUUUCUUGUAACAAAUGCUGCUGGCACAUUAGGUUACGUUGAUCCACUUUACGUAUCUCGACUGGGGUUCUUACAAAAGAGUCUGACGUGUAUUCUUUUGGUGUGUUUCUCUUUGAAGUCUUAUGUGGAAGAUUAA